AUGACUAUCCCACAGUAUUUCAAAGGAUUUGCCGUAGAUAAGCCAGAGAACUGGAACAAGCCGAAGUUGGUAGAAUACAAGCCAAAGGAGUUGGCAUCCCAUGAUGUUGUGUUGGAAAACAUCUGCUGCGGAUUAUGUGGUAGUGACAUUCACACCAUCAAGGGUGCAUGGAAGCCACUCAAUAGAGACGAUCUUGUUGUUGGACACGAAAUAGUUGGUAAGGUUAUUGCUGUCGGUAAGGACGUCAAGGACAUCAAGAUAGGGGACAGAUGCGGUGUUGGUGCCUGCUCCAAGUCUUGUAUGGACUGUGAAAGAUGUGAAACAGACAACGAACAGUACUGUCCUCGAAAGGUGAGUACUUACAAUGCUAAGGACUUCGAUACUGGCUACAUCUCCCAAGGUGGUUACUCUUCUCAUUCUAUCGCACACGAACAAUAUGUUUUCCCAAUUCCAGACGCAUUAGAAUCAGCCGUUGCGGCUCCAUUGAUGUGUGCUGGUUUGACCGUGUUUUCUCCAUUGGUCAGAAACCUUGGUGAAGAUGCAAAGGGUAAGACUGUUGGUAUCAUCGGUAUUGGUGGUUUAGGACACUUGGCUAUCCAAUUCGCUAAUGCUUUAGGUGCUAACGUUGUUGCCUUCUCCAGAUCAUCUUCCAAGAAGGACCAAGCAAUAGAAAUGGGUGCCCACGACUUUAUUGCUACUGGUGAACAAAAGAACUGGAAGAGCAACAACGCUGAUAAAUUCGAUUUUAUCUUAAACUGUGCAUCCGGUAUUGACGGCUUAAACUUGAACGAUUACUUGUCUGUUUUGAAAGUGGAUGCUAAGUUCGUUUCUGUUGGUUUACCACCAGUUGGUGACACCUUCGAAGUUUCUCCAUUCAGUUUCAUUGGUAAUGCAUGUAGUUUCGGUGGUUCCUUACUUGGUUCCAAGAGAGAAGCCUUGUACAUGUUGCAAUUAUCAGCUGAAAAGAACAUUAAGCCAUGGAUUGAAGAAGUUCCAAUUACUGCGGAAAGUUGUGGUACCGCUUUAACUAGGUGUGAUGAAGGUGAUGUUAGAUAUAGAUUCGUCUUCACCGAAUUCGACAAAGCCUUUAGUUAG